GGGAGGCGGCGGCUGCGCGGGCCGGACUCGGCGAGCGGGGGCCAUGCAGGCGCGCUACUCCGUGUCCAGCCCCAACUCCCUGGGAGUGGUGCCCUACCUCGGCGGCGAGCAGAGCUACUACCGCGCGGCGGCCGCGGCGGCGGGGGGCGGCUACGGCGCCAUGCCGGCCCCCAUGAGCGUGUACUCGCACCCGGCGCACGCCGAGCAGUACCCGGGCGGCAUGGCGCGCGCCUACGGGCCCUACCCGCCGCAGCCGCAGCCCAAGGACAUGGUGAAGCCGCCCUACAGCUACAUCGCGCUCAUCACCAUGGCCAUCCAGAACGCCCCGGACAAGAAGAUCACGCUCAACGGCAUCUACCAGUUCAUCAUGGACCGCUUCCCCUUCUACCGGGACAAUAAGCAGGGCUGGCAGAACAGCAUCCGCCACAACCUGUCGCUCAACGAGUGCUUCGUCAAGGUGCCCCGCGACGACAAGAAGCCGGGCAAGGGCAGCUACUGGACGCUGGACCCGGACUCCUACAACAUGUUCGAGAACGGCAGCUUCCUGCGGCGGCGGCGGCGCUUCAAGAAGAAGGACGCGGUCAAGGACAAGGAGGAGAAGGACCGGCUGCACCCCAAGGAGCCGCCCGCCGCGCCCGCCGCGCCCCCGCCGCCGCCGCCGCCGCCGCCCCCGCAGGCCCGCGCGCCCCCCGCGCCCCCCGCGCCCCCCGCGCCGCCCGCGCCCGAGCAGCCCGACGGCGCCGCGCCCCCGCAGCCGCCGCCCGUGCGCAUCCAGGACAUCAAGACCGAGAACGGUACGUGCCCCUCGCCGCCCCAGCCCCUGUCCCCGGCCGCCGUGCCCAAGAUCGAGAGCCCCGACAGCAGCAGCAGCAGCCUGUCCAGCGGCGGCAGCCCCCCCGGCGGCCUGGGCUCCGCGCGCGCGCUCAGCCUGGACGGCGCGGACCCCGCGGCCCCGCCCGCGCCCCCGCAGCCCGCGCCGCCGCCGCCGCCGCACCUGGGCCAGGGCUUCAGCGUGGACAACAUCAUGACGUCGCUGCGGGGGUCGCCGCAGGCCGCGGCCGAGCUGGGCUCGGGCCUGCUGGCGGCGGCGGCGGCGGCCGGGGCCUCGCGCCCGGGGCUCGCGCCCGCGCUGGCGCUCGGCGCCUACUCGCCGGGCCAGGGCUCCCUGUACGGCUCCCCCUGCGGCCAGGGCGCGGGCGCGGGCGGGGGCGCGGGCGCGGGCGCGGGCGGGGGCGCGGGCGGGGGCGCGGGCGCGGGCGCGGGCGGGGGCGCGGCGGGCGCGGGGACCUACCACUGCAACCUGCAGGCCAUGAGCCUGUACGCGGCGGGCGAGCGCGGCGGCCACCUGCAGGGCGCGCCGGGGGGCGCGGGCGGCCCGGCCGUGGACGACGCCCUGCCCGACUACUCGCUGCCCCCGGCCACCAGCAGCGGCGGCGCGGCCCUGAGCCACGGCGCGGGCGGCGCGCAGGACGGCGGCCACCACCCCGCGGCCCACCAGGGCCGCCUCGCCUCGUGGUACCUGAACCAGGCGGGCGGAGACCUGGGCCACCUGGCGAGCGCGGCGGCGGCGGCGGCGGCCGCGGGCUACCCGGGCCAGCAGCAGAACUUCCACUCGGUGCGGGAGAUGUUCGAGUCGCAGAGACUGGGCCUCAACAACUCCCCGGUGAACGGGAACAGCAGCUGUCAGAUGGCCUUCCCGUCCAGCCAGUCUCUGUACCGCACGUCCGGGGCCUUCGUCUACGACUGCAGCAAGUUCUGACGCCCCCCGCCCCCGCCCGCCCCUGCAUCCACCCACCACCCCCCCUGGACCACCGCCGCCACCGCCACCGCCACCACCACCCAGCCCGGACGAACUGCGAACUGAAUGAAUCGAACCCCCAAAGCAGGAACAGCCGAAAGAACCACCGGCUUGCAAAAUCGAAACCAAAAAAAAAAAAAAAAAAAAAAAAAAGAAUCCGAUUAAAAAAAAAAAAAAAGGAAAGGAAAGAAAGCCUUGAAAAACAUUCACCGAACCAGCGAACAGAAUCCCUCCAAAAAUGCAACUCACCAGCACAAAGGAAACUGUUUUUCUGAAAAGAGUCAGAGCCACCUUCACUUGGCCUUAUCUAAAUAGACAAAACGGUAAACUAUUUUGUACAGAGACAGCAAAAAAUCAUGGUUUAUUAAAGGACAGUGUUACUCCAGAUAACACGUAAGUUUCUUCUUGCUUUUCGGAGAUCACGCGUUCCUCCUCUCUCUCUCUCUCCCUCCCUCCCUCUCCCAUUCCCCUGCCCUCUCUUUCCUCCACCUCUCACCUGUAAGAUAUUUUAUCCUAUGUUGAAAGGAGGGGGGAAAGUCCCCGUAUAUGAAAAUCGCUUUCUUUUUAUUCAUGGACUUGUUUUAAAAUGUAAAUUGCAAUAUAGUAAUUUAUUUUUAAUUUGUAGUUGGAUGUCGUGGACCAAACGCCAGAAAGUGUUUCCAAAACCUGACGUUAAAUUGCCUGAAACUUUAAAUUGUGCUUUUUUUUUUCAUUAUAAAAAGGGAAACUGUAUUAAUCUUAUUCUAUCAUCUUUUUUUUUCUUUUUGUUGAACAUAUUCACUGUUUGUUUAUUAAUAAAUUACCAUUCAGUUUGAAUGAGAUCUAUAUGUCUGGAUACUUUAAUACAGCUUUAAUUAUUAUAAGAAAAAAAAGAGAUUUCAGAUUAAAACACUAGAAAUGACCUAUUCUCCUCCUAAAUAUCUGAGAAAUGGAGAAACCCUCUGACUAUAACUUGUCAAAUUUCACCUAAAAGUCUCUUUUUUGUUUAGAUUUGUUUUUCCUGCAACGUCUUCUGCAAAAUGUACUCUAUAGUCAGCUUGCUUUGUGGCUAGUCAGAAGAUAUUUUCCUAAACAGGUCUGAGUUGGCAUAUAUACAAAUAUAUAUAUAUAUUUUUUCAGUAAGGACAGAACAUGAUCUGGAAAUUUUAAGCCCAUGAAUCGGCAGUGGUGUUACCACAGUGAUACCUGUGUGUAGAGAUAUGUGAAUGUGCCUCCAGAUAUACACAGAGGAAUAUUUGGCUUCUGUAUCACAUAAAAAAUUGUGAUGUCUGUUCUACAUCCCCGUGAGCCAAAUGCUGGGUAGAUAUUUCUCCUACUAAUUUCACUCCUUUGUAAGAGAAAAAAUAAAGCAGUUCUUUUUUUUUAAAAAAAAUGUAUGUAUAUAACUCAUCCACAUUUACAAUCCUUCGUGUGUUACAUAGAAGGGUUGGUUUAAAAAAAUAUAUAUAUAUAUAUAUACUGUGGGUUGGAAAGGGAUAUUUAAUCUUUGGGAAACUAUUUUAGAAGAUAUGUUUGUAGAACAAUUAUUAUUAUUAUUUUUUCUUUUGGAAAAGAUUUAAAGCAAUAAGGAGAGAAGAGCAGAACAUUUUAGUCUAGGGUGGUUUCUUUUCGAUCCAUUUUUUUUUCUUGUUAAUUUACAGUUAAACGUAGGGGGCGAUCCAGAUUGGCCCUCCCCCUUUGUAAAUAACCCAGGAAAUGUAAUAAAUUCAUUAUCUUAGGGCGAUCUGCCCUGUCAAUCAGACUUUGGAGAGAUGGCGAUUUGAUUACAGCCGAUCAGGGCCUUACAGUUUGUUUUCGAGAUAAUACAGUUUCCUGCUAUCUGCCGCUCCUAUCUAGAGGCAACACUUAGCAGUAAUUGCUAUUGCUUGUUGUCAAAAUCUGAUCAUUGUUAAAGGAUUGCUGCAAAUAAAUACACUCUAAUUUCAGUCAAA